AUAAUAUUGAUGUGUUAUGACAUGAUCUCACGUUAUCAAUUCGCACUAAGAUGGCAUUCGUGAACUUGAUUUUACUAAACAUUUUCCUUGUGAAUGUGAAUUGUGAAUUGCCGGGAAUAAAUGGACUAACAUUCUCGUUUUUGGAACCUAUUGGCGUGUAUGCUAGAUGGAAUACUGUGCCCUACAAAUCCUUGUCUUUGAUAAAUGGGUACAAGGUGAAGAUAUGGUCGAUCGAAGAAGAAACAACAAGAAAUUUUAAAUUACUAAAUGGAGAUCAAUACCCAGGAUUGCAGAGGAACGAUGUUGCUCAAGAGCCCUUCAGCAUAGAACACAUAUCCAAAAAUAAUGUUAGUGUAAUAACGAAUUCCAACGGAUAUCAUAACCUGGCAAGAAUAUUUAUGAGUAUAGACAAUUUGUAUGAAAUAAGAGUCAAUACUUUCAAUGCGACAGCGGAAGGACCAAUGACAGAUCCCAUUCGGGUGAAAGUCGUAAAAUCGGCGACAGAUUAUACCAAGUCACCAAAGAUAGUGAAACCACGACCAGUUUAUAUCGUAUUGGGUUUGAGAAGCCUCGAUUCAUGUGGUGUUUCAAUAAUUACAAACUCGAGUGAUGGAGAGCCUUUUAUACAUAAUUCUUAUUUGUAAAUAAAAUAACCAAAAAAAACAUUUUCCUUCUUUAUCUUACCCCAAAGUACUUUCGGCUCUUUAUUCCUCUGCCACUGUAUUUUUAUGUUGCUCAGUACCAAAUAAACUAUUUUU